UUUUUUUAUUCAGUCUAAACAAUUUUAUGUCACAGUAUUUGCAACAGACAAUUCAGAUAAGCUAAUGUACACUCCACUAGCAAUAAUUUUCGUAUUAUCACAAGUGAGCCAUGGACACUGGCAUUCAUCUGUUGUACAAAUGGAAGAUCUUAUGCACGAGGAAUUAGGCCUGGUGAAAAAUAUCGAGGAAUACAUUGCUAGUCGAGAAAAGAAGCUAGCAAGGGUCAAAUUUGUCGUCGAUAGAUUGAACGCGGAAGCGGAAGGAGCGGCUGUUGAUGUUGAAAAAUAUCUUGGUCAUCCUGUCAAUCAAUAUCUGCUACUUAAACGUCUGAUAAUGGGGUUUGAAUUGAUAGAAGAUUUAAUUGAUAGAAAUAGGACAUUUGCUGAUCAUUUAUCAACGAUUAGGUCGAAUAUUCCGGACAAAGAAGACAUUAAAGAAAGUGCGACUGCGCUGAGAAGAUUGCAGGUUACUUACAAACUAGACAUCCAGCAACUGGCAAAAGGGAUCGUUAAGGAUGCAAAUGCCGGUAGGUCGCUAUCAGCGGAUGACUGUUACCAGAUUGGUGAAGCAGCUUACCUUGACAAAGACUUCUAUGGCUGCGCGUCGUGGAUGGAAGAAGCAUACAACAGGGUGUGGGAGGGGGAUACAUCACGUGGAUGGUUUGAAGUUUCCGACUAUUUAGCAUACGCACAAUCAGAGCUUGGAAACUUUGAAAGAGCUUUUUCUUUAACGAGAGAACUUUUAACUGCAGAACCUGAUAACGCUAGGUUACUAGCGAAUUUUGCUCUUCUUAGUCAGCAAGUUGACGACCUUACCAAAGAUGGCACCCAAGGAGGGGCAGUGAUGGGCCCAGAAGACAAAACGGAACGACAAGCAUUGUACGAACGACUUUGUCGAGAUGGUGGUGAUCCUGUUCCGAGUGACGUAACAAAAAAUUUAAAAUGUUAUUUGUGGCAUAAUAAUCAUCCUUUUAUGCGUGUUCAGCCAAUCAAAAUGGAGGAACUCUGGAAGUCACCGUCAAUUGUUCGUUUCUAUGAUAUUAUAUCCGAUAAAGAGAGUGACAUUAUUAAAAAACUUGCGAAACCAAAACUUAAAAGAGCUACUAUCCUGAACGAGGAGCUUGGCGAAAACGGUAAAAAGCCUGCGAAACAUAGGGUAGGGAAAACUGCAUGGCUCACAGACAGAAAACACCAAGUUGUUCAGAAGUUAAGUGAGAGGAUGUCAGCCAUAACUGGACUCGGAAUAAAAACAGCCGAACCGCUACAGCUGUCGAAUUAUGGUAUUGGGGGGCAUUUUCUUCCUCACGUCGACUAUCUUCGCGCUCAUGAGCAAACGGAUAUAGAAAGAGAUAAUGGUCCGAGAAUUGCAACUGUUUUGCUGUAUUUAACAAACGUAAAAUAUGGCGGCGCGACUGUAUUUUUGCCGCAAAAACUUUAUGUUGAACCAAUCAAAGGGAGCGCCAUCUUUUGGUUCAAUAUUUUAACAUCGGGAGAAUGUGAUGAAAGAACUCGCCACGCUGCGUGUCCCGUACUUAACGGGAUAAAAUGGGUGGCCAACAAAUGGAUACAUUCGAAUGAACAAAUGUUUACAAACCCAUGCAAACUAGAUGAAUAUGCAGAUUAUACGUUCAGCUAAUUUUGUUCAAAGCGAAAUUGUUGUUUACAGAAUUUACUCGGAAUAAGGUCACAGAUUGCACAUCUGAGGUUCUAAUCCCAUGGUGUAAUAAAUUGAGUAGGCAAAGCCGAAUAGGAAAUAUCUAUUCAAUUGUUUCGUUUAUUCUUAUUUUAAAUUAUUUAAGAAGUUUUGCCCGAUCUCAAUAUUGUGCAAUCCCAUUGUUUUGGUUGGUAGGUGGGUGCGUUUUUAACUUUAGGUGAUGAUAUAUUUCCAGAUAUAUCUGCACUUCCGGUACACUGUUUGCACAUUUAUUUUUCAUGUAAUUACGAGGGAAUACAAUGAUUGAUAUUUCGUGAA